AACAACAGCAAUUCUUUAGUCCUGCGUAGCACUUGGUCACCACUUAUACUAUUCUGCUAUCACUACAAUGCAAUCCCGUUUACUCCACUCCAUCCGCUCCGCCUCCUCUACCUCCACUCCGAGGGACCCUUUACCAAUCCUGGUCUGCGGGAGAAGCCCCCGCGUCGCUUCAGCCGUAUCCGCCGGCUUGCGGCCCGACUAUGAUGUAAUCCACUCAGUCUCAUCCCCCCAAGCUGGCGCACUCGAUAUCCCCGCCUUCCUCCGUCGUGGUGGUAAUACUACUGCUUCUGCUUUUACAGGUCUGACCCCACCCGUGGCCAUCCUGGUUGGCGGUGGGUAUACAGUUCACGAUAUGGAGAUUAUGCGCGAGGCCUGUCGUGGUCGUGAUCCUGUUGUCUGGUUGAAGGUGAAGAAGGAUAUGCCGGGACCGUUGCCACCGUUGGAAGUGUAUGGAGCGGAGGUGGGGAGGAUGGCGAGGGAUUAUUUGAAUGGGCUACGGGAUCGGGGGGAGUUGUGGGGUGGGGGGGGUUAUCAUAUUUAGAAUUAUGGGUAGAGGUGUUGUAGCUACUAUGCAUAUCAGGGGGGAGUGCAGUUAUAUGUGUGAGUAUAUGACUGGUCAAAUCUGAACGGAAGCGAAGAUAUAGAAAUGGGACUAUAUGUCGCUAAUUAGUCAACCCGAAGGACAAUGACUAGUUAUCACCAUUAUCCGGGAAUAUUUCGAGUGGGAUACCGGCGGUUAAGGCGGCUUCCAUCGGGGAAUCAAACGGGAGAGUAAGCCGGUUGAUGAGGUCGAUAAAGUUGUUUACUUGUGCGUCUUUGAUGAGCCAUGUCUGUGACA